CACCCUCCUCUCCAAGGUGGUCAUUAUAGGAAGCCAUAUUGUGUUCAAGGUUCAAUGCUCUACUCUUGAUCUGGACUAGACUCGACUGUCUGCUAUUAAUAUAAAGCGCUAGGCUAGGCUAGGCACUGCCUCUGGUCCUGUUGUCACCCGUGACAACAGGGUGACUUCUCAGAAGCGUGAGGAUUGUCAGCAUAUCAGUGGAGCAGGUGUUUGCUCUGCAGUUUUAAUAAAUGGCCGGCUGGCUGUGUAUGCAGUCGAUAAUUUAUACUAAUAAUACGAAGGUGUGCUUUCAUGUGUUUCUUAUUUUGUACCCAAUAGAAUUGUCGUCGGCAGUAGCCAUGUCUGGUGGAAAAUUCUUCCUUCCCCCCAAAAAGCCCAAAUCUUCCAGUCCACCCAAGUCCAAACUUGCUCCACACCCACCCUUAGAUAAUGAAGUCACAAUGGUUAACGGAUGCUACUUCGAACCUCAAGAUCGACCCAUUCGCUCCACUAGGUCCUCUACAUAUAGUCGAUCUGAUUCAGCCUCAAGAACAAUUCGCUCCACUAGGUCCUCCACAUCCUCCACGUCUAGUCGACCUGAUUCAGCCUCAAGAACGCAUUCAUCUUACUCUCCUAGACCUACCAUCUCUUAUCGACACUCCAAGUCGUAUCCACCCUACUCACGCCCUCCCACACAUCCUCCCUCCUCUGAUUAUCGCGAUGACGCUUUUCAGAGACGACCACCGAGGCACCAAGAAGACAGGUAUCCAGUAAGAGGCAAUCAUCGCCCUCCCCCUGACUUAUUUCGUGGGCCACCAAGACCCCCCAGAGAGGGCUGGCCUCCACUACCCCCUCCAUCCUUACACAGACCCCCCAGAGAGGGCUGGCCUCCACCACCCCCUGAGCAUUUCCAGCCCCCACUAUUUCCCGAUCCUCACCGGAGGCUGUGGCCUGGAGAGAGUCCGUAUCCACGCAACAUUCCCUUUGAUAGGAUUAAGCCACCCCCUCAGCCAAGAUCAAAACCCCGUGAAUCAACACAUCGUUCUUUGUCACCUCCACGACAAGUUUCCCAACCAAAGAAUGACAGUGGCCCCUCCAAUCAGAAAGAGCCAGCUCCUCUUUCGAAGAAACAGCGUCCUGACCCAAGGUCCGAGAAAAGGAGACCACUCCCCCUUAUGAGUCUGACUCUCCCUCCCCUGAGGCCCAAAGUGAUUGUGAAUCAGGAGCUCAACGCGUGCCACUCCCUCACACUGUCUGUGCUGUGUUACAACAUUCUGGCCCAGGACCUCAUUAAACGCAACAUGUGUCUGUACUCCCAGAGGCUGCCCCACCAUCUAGACUGGAUGUUUAGGAGGAGAAACCUUGUCAUAGAGCUGGAUCAACAAAAUGCUGAUAUCGUGUGCUUGCAAGAGGUACAGGAGGAAGCAUACAAGUCUUUUUUCCUCCCACAUCUAAUCACACGAGGGUUUGCUGGGCUGUACAAGAGAAGGACGGGGUCUCACACUGAUGGCUGUGCACUGUUCUACAAGCAAGACAAGCUGACACUAAUCGAGCACAGAAAGUUGGAGUACCGCAAGAGCUUCAAAGUUCUCAACAGGGAUAAUGUCGGAAUAAUUGCCAAGUUCUCUACAACAGGCUGCACUGGUGUGGAGGGUAUGUUCUGUGUGGCCACCACUCAUCUUCUCUUCAAUCCAAAGGCAGGGGAAGUGAAACUUGCACAACUUGGCUACUUGUUGGCUGAAUUACAUCGCAUGGCAACCAUUCCUGAUAGGGACUGUCUCCUGCCUGUAAUUUUGUGUGGCGACUUCAACAGUCUCCCCAACUCUCAUCUCGUCAACUUUAUCACCUCUGCCAAACUGGACUACUCUGAGAUAUCAGCAGCAGAGGUGGCAGGCUUCGGCAAACGACGCAGGAGCUCAGGACGUGAUAUUCCAAAGCCUCUGUUCCCCAGCACGAUGGGCAUAGAUAACAACUGUUGCUAUAGGGAGCCUCCUACCCGUACAGAGAGAAUGGUGGUGGAUGUCAUUGAUCUCACACUAGAUGAUGAUGAUGAUGGACCUUCUCAAGGCAGUGGAACACCCAAAAUAUUGGAGAGGCCACUGGCUCCCCCUGUUCCUACUCCACUACAAGACACUGUGUCAGCUUAUGAGAAAAUCGAUUCCACUACUGUAACAAUGUCAUGUACAAAUGAAUCACCAUCCAAUUCCAAUGCUUCAAGUCAGCCACAUACAACUACUACAUUGAAUCAACGUGUAGCCUCUUCUUGUGACAACAUACCACAGGUCCCUGUCCACCUACUAACACACCCGUUCAAUCUAUUAAACUGUGUCUAUCCCUAUUCGCCUAAGUCAACUGUCACUACCUUCCAUCAGUCUGCUUUCGAGAUGGUCGACUACAUCUUUUUUACUCCUCUCACUAAUUCAAAAGGUUUUCGACUUCUACACAGGAAAGCUCUUCCUAGCACUGAUGUACUGAAACAGUUCGGCCCUCAACCUCAUGAGUUUCUUUCUUCUGAUCAUCUAUUCCUUUGUGCAAUGUUUCAAUUGAUAUAUUAAUCUUCAAUGAUGAUCGAACACUUAUUUAUUUGAUCUAUUUUAUUCAACUAUAAUAUUAUUGGUGAGUCUUA